UCGCCGCGCCGGGGCAGCAUGGAGGCGUGGGACCUGUUCCGGAGGUUGGGAGCCGGUGCCCGCUUUGACGUGCGGCGAUUCGGGCUCGAUGCGAGGCGUUUCGGGGUGAUCAGGGCAAACAGCGGCAGCGCCUCCCUGGAGAGCCUCGACUUCUUCGGGCACAAGGAGGGGUCUGCCGAGGAGGGCUGCGGGCUCGCAGGGGCUGGACAGGAGGAUGGAGCCGGGGGAAGUGGUGGAGAGACGGUAGGAAAGAGGAAGAGAGCUGCGGAAAGCGGUGAAGGGAAGAGGAAAAAGAAAAAGGCACGAGGAGCAAUUCCAGAGUUGUCAGAAAGUAACGGGAUAAAGUGGAUGUCCUCUCUGGAAGCAAAAUACGAAGAUGCAAAAGACAAAAAACCUACUGCAGAAAAACUUGAACGCUUGAGAAGACAAAAGAUAAACCGCUUUAGAAAUCAACACAAGAUCAGUGUCCAAGGAACUGAUCUUCCUGACCCGAUUGCCACAUUUGAUCAGCUUCAGAAGGAAUACAAAAUCCACCCCAAAAUCAUGGAGAAUAUUCAGGCUGCUGGUUUCCAGGUCCCAACACCCAUCCAGAUGCAGGCGAUCCCUGUCAUGCUUCAUGGCCGGGAACUUCUGGCUUCAGCUCCUACUGGGUCUGGAAAAACACUGGCAUUUUGUAUUCCUCUCUUAAUACACCUGAAACAACCUAGGAACAAAGGAUUCAGAGCUCUGAUCAUAUCACCUACCCGAGAACUUGCUAGCCAGACACAUCGGGAGCUGGUGAAGUUGGCUGAGGGGACAGGCUUCAGGAUACACAUGAUCCACAAGGCAGCUGAAGCAGCAAAGAAGUUUGGGCCCAAGUCUUCAAAGAAAUUUGAUAUACUGGUUACUACUCCAAACAGACUCAUUUAUUUGCUGAAGCAAGAUCCUCCAGCAAUAGACUUGACCAGUGUGGAGUGGCUGGUGGUGGAUGAGUCGGACAAGCUCUUUGAAGACGGGAAGUCGGGGUUCCGGGAGCAAUUGGCCUCCAUCUUCCUGGCGUGCACGUCCCCUGUGGUGAGACGAGCCUUGUUUAGUGCCACCUUCGCCCAUGACGUGGAGGAGUGGUGUAAGCUCAACCUGGACAGCGUGGUUCUGGUGUCUGUUGGAGCAAGGAACUCGGCAGCAGAGACGGUUGAACAGGAGCUGCUGUUUGUUGGCUCCGAGACAGGGAAGCUCACAGCCAUGCGGGAGCUUGUGAAAAAGGGUUUUGCUCCUCCUGUCCUUGUUUUUGUGCAGUCUAUUGAGAGAGCUAAAGAGCUUUUCUAUGAACUUAUUUACGAAGGCAUCAAUGUGGAUGUCAUCCAUGCAGACAAAACCCAGCAACAGAGAGAUAAUGUAGUUCACAACUUCAGAGCUGGGAAGAUCUGGGUGCUCAUCUGCUCAGCCUUACUAGCUCGAGGCAUUGACUUCAAAGGAGUGAAUAUGGUCAUCAAUUACGAUUUGCCAACGAGUGCAGUGGAAUACAUCCACAGGAUAGGUCGUACUGGAAGAGCUGGGCACACAGGAAAAGCAGUCACUUUCUUCACAGAGGACGAUAAACCUUUAUUACGGAGUAUAGCCAAUGUUAUUCAGCGAGCUGGCUGUCCUGUGCCAGACUACAUAAAACACUUCCCCAGACUGCAAAGCAAACAAAAGAAGAAAUUCAUUAAGAAACCAUUGACGAGAGAAUCCAUUUGUACCACUCCUGAGUGCUUCUUGAGAAAGGCCAAAAGAAAAAUGAAAACUACCAAGCAAAAUGUUAAGGGACAAAAGAAAGCUAAAGAAGAUAAAAAGGGCAGUAAGUUACAGCCUGUUUCCAGCAGCUGAAUAAGAACAGCCUGUGUGGGAGCUGGGGCUGACACGUCCACACUGAGCAAGAGAAGAAUGAAGAGAGCCGCAACUGUGAAGGGAGAAAAGUAUCCCUAACACUUCCUUCUGGUGAAGGUGGAUGUUUACAUGCAAGAAAGUCUCUACUGAAAUAGUGGUAGAGGAUUCCUGAAUGCUUCUUAUAGAAGCUGAAGACUCUGCUCUUGCAAUAAAUGACUUCUGUUGCUGAACAA